AUGUUGAACAGAGUUGUGUUGCUAGGAGGAACCCAGUUGCUAGGAGGGAUCCAGUUGGUAGGAGGGAUCCAGCUGCUAGGAGGGAUCCAGUUGCUAGGAGGGAUCCAGUUGCUAGGAGGGAUCCAGCUGCUAGGAGGGAUCCAGUUGCUAGGAGGGAUCCAGCUGCUAGGAGGGAUCCAGCUGCUAGGAGGGAUCCAGCUGCUAGGAGGGAUCCAGCUGCUAGGAGGGAUCCAGCUGCUAGGAGGGAUCCAGUUGUUAGGAGGGAUCCAGUUGCUAGGAGGGAUCCAGUUGCUAGGAGGGAUCCAGUUGCUAGGAGGGAUCCAGCUGCUAGGAGGGAUCCAGCUGCUAGGAGGGAUCCAGUUGCUAGGAGGGAUCCAGUUGCUAGGAGGGAUCCAGUUGCUAGGAGGGAUCCAGUUGCUAGGAGGGAUCCAGCUGUUAGGAGGGAUCCAGUUGCUAGGAGGGAUCCAGUUGCUAGGAGGGAUCCAGUUGUUAGGAGGGAUUGGGGACGGUGGCCUCAGGGGGUCGAUGGGGUGGCGGAUCGAUUCUGUUGCAUCUCUCAAUGAGAUUGCUGAGAGAGAUCGCAUCAUGCUGCACAACAGCCUUCUGAGCACUCCAUCCAAGUCUCUCAACGGCAGCCAUGCUGGGACCCCCGACGCCAGUCCCUUUCGGUUGCUUUACCAAACCCCGCGGAGAGAUAUUAGCUCCAUCUCCCCCAACGUCUUUGCUUCCCUCCAGAUGCAGCUUGUCCUGUUUGGCUUGGACAAAGAUUGGGAGCUGCUUUCGAGUGUGGGGAUAAACAGUUUGAAUGACCUGCGCAACUUAAGGAACCUGAAAAGUCUAGGGCUUCCGAGUAGAGUAGAAACAAGAUUAGCUCAAUUGUUCGACCAAAUGCUGUCGAUCAAGUCAAUGCGCCAACUAAUAGAAUGCUUCCAGGAUGAUGGACAAAUAAGCCAUGACAAAAAUCCAAGAUCACCAAGUUUCGAUGAAGAUGACCCCAACGUUUACUCCGAUUAUCAGCAACCUCGAGCGAAUCAAGCAUUGUUGGAAUCAUCGAUGCAUUACCCAAAUUCUGACAAACAGAAAAACGAAUCCAAGAAUUAUGAAUCGGACAUGGAAGACAUUACGAUCUCAUUUAAACCCAAGAUCAACCUUAGGAAAGGGGAGAAGGUCAAGUUAGUUUUGGCUGGUUUUCAUGGCGAAGACCUGAAUAACAUCCAAGUGACUUCUACCCCCUUUGGCUCUUUCGUAGAAGCAUCUUGGUAUCGUGAAACCAAGGAGUUGGCUUUGAUAGUGAAUUCGGAGAUACCGGCGCAUGAAUCUGUCAGCAUAGUGAUUCCAUCGUCUUAUGGGAUCAAGAAAGAAUCAAAAUCUCAAGGCCAAUCGAAUGAAAGCAUUGAUCCUACACUAGAAAAGCGACUCCGUGCCAAUCAGAGGCGUAUAGACUUCCUCAAGAAGGAAUCCUCGGGUUCUUUGAAGGAUCUCUCCAAACAUCAUGACAAGGAGCCAACCGAUAAUGCGGAGAACAUAUCGUCUAAUAGUUUAGACAAGCAUCAAAAAGUGGUCCAUAACAUUCGAAAAGAGCAGGAGGAAAUGAUGUCUGAAUUGAUGGCAGAAUGGGCAAGAAAACUUUUGAAUCAGCGAAUAACUGAAGUCAAAAAGAUGGCGCAGUGGGCGAAGAACCAGCUUGAAAAUCUACCUCAGAAGGAGAGCGCGAGGAAGUUCGAUCCUGACAGUGUCGCACAACAGGCGCAGUGGGCGAAGAACCAGCUUGAAAAUCUACCUCAGAAGGAGAGCGCGAGGAAGUUCGAUCCUGACAGUGUUAGCAACGACAAUACUGAUUCAAAUGCAAGCACCUCGGAGUCUUUGUUCGUGGAUGCACAUUCACAUAUGCUGAUCGGGCAGGAGGAAAUGGUAGCAAGAGGGGCAAGGGAAAUGGUUGGGUCACAACCUUGA